GUUUUUGUGAAUAUCACCGUGUGCCUGGCCUGGUCCCAGGUGCAGUGGGGAGGAGCCCAGGAAGAAGGGGACCUAGUUUAAUUUCAGUCUGAGCUAAAAAGCAGAAGUGAAAACCAGACUGGCAGGAGCAGCGUGGAAUAGUAUCUGCAGGCCGGGGCCUUUGGGAGAAAGGCCACACAUGCGUGGCCAUUGACACGAAGUCGCUGUUGCAAGGACUUAAGAGAAGAGGGUUCCAUCCUGGGCAGAGGUCGUGGUUUGGUGUGUAAGGCCCUGUGGAAAUCCGAAAUACCCUCGGUCACACCUCUCUAGCACCAUGGUGCCCCCCGAUGAGGUAACAGUUAGUUACAGACACGGCCUUCCCUUGAUAACGCUCACUUUGCCAUCCAGAAAAGAGCGCUUUCGAUUUGUAGUGAAACCGAUGUUGUCAACAGUGGGGUCCUUCCUUCAGGACCUGCAGCAUGAAGACAAAGGCGUCAAGACCUCGGCCAUCUUCACAGCAGACGGCAGUGAGAUUCCAGCUUCAACCAUGAUGGACGUUUUGCUAAUGAAGGAUUUUAAACUUGUCAUUAAUGAAAUAGCCUAUGUCGUACAGUGUCCCACAACAGAGAAAGCCAGCAGGAAGCACACGACAGAGAUGGAAAACCUGUGUUCCUUGGUGCACAGGCUGUUUGCGGUCCUGCACCUGGAAGAGGCACAUAAGGAGGUGGAGCACCGAUUGCUGGUGAGGAUCGACCACCUGCAGGCACAGUUGCAGCCUCUGGAGCAGGUGAAAGCCAGAAUCGAAGCUUGCGCCGAAGCCAGCACCAGCAGGCUCCUGUGGGCUGGGCUGGCUCUGCUGUCCACGCAGGGCGGUGUGCUGGCCUGGCUCACCUGGUGGGUGUUCUCCUGGGACCUCAUGGAGCCGGUCACCUGUUUCCUCUCCUUCACCAACUCCAUGGUCUUCUUUGCGUAUUUCAUAGUCACACGGCAGAACUACACUUAUCCCACUGCUAGGAGGCGGCAGUUUCUUCACGUCUUCCACAAGAAGUCUUGGCACCAGCGCUUCGAUGUGGAGCAGUACAACAAGUUAAAGGACGAGCUGGCCAAGGCUGAAGAGUCCCUGACCUGUGUGCGCCGCUCGCUGCGCUCGCUGCGGCUGGGGCUGCACCGAGAAGACCCGAGCGAGGAGGCUUAGCUGCGGUGGCUUUUCUGCGCACUCUGAGGCAGUCUUAAGCGAGCUGGAUGUCAUCAGCCUCGCGGUUCGUUUCAGACCUCCUGGCUGGGAGAGACCAAGCCCUGCCUUUUCCCGCCAAGGAUGCAUACCUAGUGCCUAGCUCUCCAGCCGGGCAGCCCUGGCCUCGUGGAAGCUGCGGGAAGUCUGUGUCUGUGCAGUGUAAACUCUCAGCCACAGCGUGGUCUCUGUCCCCACGCCCUGCCCUCUGCACCCCCCUCAGCAGCCCCUGGUCCUGGCCUGUGGGGUCCUGCUGUGUGCACGGGGCUAGAAUCUGUGGCUCCCUCCUAAUGGUUAAUAAAUCCGGUGUGAAGCACA